AUGCCGAAUAGCAUGGUGUCAUCGUCUGGCAAAGCUGCAUCCGCAGCGCAGAACCAAGGCUUUCCUCCAGUCGACAGCAUCCUCUAUUCGCCACUCGAUGAUUGGACACACAUAUCAGACUACUCGGGCACAGACUCGUACGGUCUCCAAAAUCUGUUCGACGAGAGUCCACUGAUGUCCACACUGGAGAGGCAAAAGACUUCAGAUUCAAAGGCAACGUCGACGCCAUCGGCAACACCAAGCGCUCUAAGCGGCUCGCCAUCACGCGCCCACACAGAAAUCGGUGGAUGGGAACCCGCCCCGGAGCCUAAGCGGACCCGACCAUCAAAGAGCGACUCAAAAUCUGCAUGUUGGACGAGUCCCCUCUGCCCAGCAUACGGCAAGCCUGGACCACACCCGGACCCAUCGACGUGCGGAGGCGGCUGCGGCCCAAACAUCUUUGAUGACCAGUCGAUGGACCAGUGGUUCGAAAGUCUGGGCAAGACCGGCUCCACGGACGGUGCCGGCCUUUUGGAAACUCAGAUCACCGGCUUCACGACCACGUCUCCAGAACCGGUAGAGCUCGCUCUGUCAGAAGAGGCAAAGAGCAAGAUCACUACGCCGGUCAAAGAAGAAGAAGAAGAGGAAGAGACCGGACCGCGAGUAUCGCUGAAGCGAAAGCAGAAGAAGGGAUCGGCCAAGCGUGCAUCAUCGGAAGAAUCUACAACUUCACCAGAUCCAGCGCCGGCGACGAAACCGGCUCCUGCAAAGCCCAGCAGAAGACAGCCACACAACGAAAUCGAAAAGAAGUAUCGUGAAUCCAUCAACACACAUCUGGAAGCACUCAAGAACUCGUUACCGGCCUUUCAGCAGCCCAAGAACCAAUGCCUGCAAGGCAAGGGCGACAUCGAGGAUCUUGCGGCUGCGCCAAAGCCAUCUAAGAGUAUCAUCCUGGCCAGUGCCGUCGCGCACAUCAAGAAGAUUGAAAAAGAGAAGAGACAGAUUGAACAGGAGCGGAACCUGCUCAAGCAGCAGGUCAAGGCUCUUCAGGCCUUGGUUAAAUGCGACGACUGCUCGCUGAUGCAAUACGUGAUCAGACUUAACGGGCUAACAUUGAACAAUGGCCCGAGUAAUGGGUGUGCUGGCAUGCCUCCAAGGAUAUGA